AUGCUAAAGAGUAAAGAAUCUCAUCACCCCUCCAAUAAAACCAGAGUAUGCAUGGCAGCUAAAGCAGCACAAGAAGAGGGCAAUUCCUAUUCUUCUCUAGAGCUUAUUAACACAGUAAUUAUUACCAUGUCUUGGUUGAGGCCAGAAGUAUUGAAGAGCACAUCAUCAUUUCCCAAAAAGAAGUCGUUGAUUAAACGACUCGUCUCCACCGUCAAGAAGAAACUCUACCUCCUCCGCUUUCAACGGUACCCAUGCCUCAGCUCCUGGCAGGAGGAGCCAAACACCACAUUCACCCUCCCGACCGUCCUCUCUGCUGGCGGCUGGCGCUGCUCCUGCCACCAGUUUUUGUCAUCAUCGGCAUAG